ACUCGUAUGAAAGCUUAUUCCCUUUUGCGAUUAAAAUGGGGAUGAAGCAGCAGGAAGAGUAUGAUGGCGAUGGUGCUGCUGCUGUUUCUUCCACACAGAAAAUGGUGUUUGCUUACUAUGUCACUGGUCAUGGAUUUGGCCACGCAACUCGUGUUGCGGAGGUGGUGAGGCAUCUAAUCCUUGCUGGUCAUGAUGUUCAUGUGGUCACUGCUGCUCCUGAAUUUGUUUUCACCAACGAAGUGCAUUCUCCUCGCUUAUUCUUUCGCAAGUAUACUGAGGAAACAGUGAAGCCCCGUGCUAGUAUCUUGGCGAAAGAAACAGAGUGGCUGAAAUUCAUCAAUGCUGACUUAGUGGUAUCUGAUGUCGUCUCCACUGUAUGUCGUGUUGCAGCUGAUGUUGGUAUACCCUCUGUUUGUGUGGCCAAUUUCAGUUGGGACAUCAUCUAUCUGGAUUAUGUCAUGGCUGCUGGACCUGAUUCUCGUUCGAUAGUUUUGCAGAUAGCUGAAGACUAUUCUAAUUGUAAUUUCCUUAUCCGCCUUCCAGGAUAUUGCCCAAUGCCCGCUUUUCGCAAUGUUAUUGAUGUGCCUCUUGUUGUGAGGAGGCUGUAUAAAUCCACAGAAGAGGUGAGGGAAGAACUAGGGAUAGCAGACAAUGUGAAACUAGUCAUUCUCAACUUUGGUGGCCAGCCAUCAGAAUUGAAACUGAAGGAGGAGUUUUUGCCUUCUGGUUGGUUGUGCCUGGUUUGUGGUGCUUCUGACACUCAAGACCUUCCUGCAAACUUCAAAAAACUUCCCAAAAAUGUUUAUACACCUGAUAUUAUUGCAGCAUCUGACUGCGUGAUCGGAAAACUUGGAUAUGGCAGUGUGAGUGAAGCCCUGGCAUACAAGUGUCCUUUUGUCUUUGUACAUAGAGAAUAUUUCAAUGAAGAACCUUUUCUAAGAAAAAUGCUCGAACAUUAUCAAGGUGGCAUUGAAAUGAGUAGGAAUGCUUUACUCUCUGGUCAUUGGAAACCUUAUCUUGAACGGGCAAUGAGUUUGAAGCCAUGCUAUGAAGAAAGCAUCAAUGGUGGGGAGGUGGCAGCCCAGAUCUUGCAGGAGAUUGCUUUGGGAAAAUAUCAUGCUUCAGUCAAUCAUAGCGAGGCAAAAAGAUUGUGUGAUGCCGCAGUUCCAGAUGAUCAACGACGAAGAGCCAUUGGUCAAGAUGAUAUUUUGAUCCCAGAAUGGUAUGCAAAUGCUGGAAAACAACUUGGUUGCUAAUCAUCAUAUUUGUUCUUCAUGGAAAUGUUGAAGGUUUUCCAAGAUACCUCUUUGCUUUGAGAAACAAACAAUGCUGGCGAUUAAGGUUAUGCUGCUCUUCAACUAUAAGGACAUGAUCAUGUCAUAUGAAAGUAAUCACGUUUAUAAAUUUAUUUGUAAUUGAUAAAAAAAGUUCAAAAUAUUCCUAAAGAAAAUGAAGUGCAUGGCCUAUAAAAUAUAUAUUUGGGAUACAUCUUAAGCAUAAUAUGUAACCCCUUAUUUUCACAUUUGGGAACU